AUGAUCCCUGCCGUCGCCGACGAGCUCCUUCGUCUGCAGGACAAACAGGGCGUCGAGCUGACGUCGGCCGACAUCCAUUCUCUCAGGAAGGACUUCGGAGUGGAUGAGGUCCAGGACUCUCUGCUGGGCGUUGCCCUUCGCGUCCUCGAGGUCUUUCAGACGCACGGCCGCAAGGAUCCCAGGCCCUCCUGCGACACGGAGGAGCAGGCUGCCCUCUGCAGCGAGGAGAAGGCUGAGCUUCGCGCGAAAACCAAGGCGGAGUGCAGCGAGGGCGCCACGUACGGCUUGGUGGUGAGCCAGGGCGACCACCACACCCUGGCCGCGGGCACGCUGGCCUCGUUCGAGGCCAAGUUCGACAAGAGCUUCUUGGUGGCCAACAGGCACGGGCGGGGCGGCCAGUCCCAGAACCGCCUCGCCAGGCUGGCGGAGGAGAGCCGCCUGAACCACCUGAAGGCGGUGUACGAGCGCACGGAGAGGGCCUUCCUGGCGCAGGACAAGGCGCCCCUGGUGGAGGGGAUCGCGGUGGCCGGUCCGGGCCCCACGAAGAGCCGGUUCCUGGAGCAGCUUCCCCGCAGGUGGAGCUCUCUCGUGGACCGGCAGCUGGCGACCACGACCCAGGUGGGCGUGAGCGGACUGAAGCAGCUGGUUGGGCAGCUGAAGGAG